UCAAAUUUCUAAACAUUUAAUGUGACAAUCCAGUGAUGAAGUACCACGCACAAUAUUUAAUAUAUGUCUGGAUUUUCUUGUCUUUUCAAGGGAUCCAAGCAAGCAUACAUCUUUGGGCCUCCGAAGUCACGAAGUUUUCCACCCAGUACAACACCGGAACUUACUCUGCAAAGCAAAUUUUGGGAAGACCUAACGUCUAUCCUCGGUAUGGUGACAUUGGUGGUACUUGGACACAGGCGGCUAGCGAACGUGACAGGGUCCAUUUUAUAGAGGUAAAAUUUCCUAAGAAAAUCUUCAUAACUAAAGUGAACAUCUACGAAACGUUCCACGCUGGGGCAGUGGUGAAAAUAUCGGCUAAAGACGGACAGAAUCAGUGGGUGGAUAUAUUCAAUGCCACUCAUGCUCAAGUCAUACGAGAAUCAAGGAAGUUUUCUCCACAAAUAAAAAGGAUUAUGUUCCCUGUAGACGAGUUGAGAAUCGACGUGGAUUGUUCGGCGUCUAAACAUUACGUUGAAAUCGAUGCCAUUGAGAUAGUUGGGGAUAUGUGCCCUUCACCUUUUUUCCAAUACGGGAAUUCUUGUUACUUGAUUAAGAAAGACACGGUGUCCGGAGAUGAGGUAUUUGCUAAAUGUCUUCGAAUUGGUGGAUAUCUGGCUAAUAUUGAAACGCUCGAAGAAGCCAUGCUGAUAAAGUAUAAAUUAACGAAAAUGAAGACAGGAAUCUCCUUCUUUGUCGGUGGAAGGAACAUAAACAGAAGAAAACCAGGUGGGGAUUGGAGGUGGAUUAAACACGGAUCUAUGACAAAAAUAAAGUAUUUUGCUUUUGGUAAAUGCGAACCGGACGGAAAAGAACAGUCUCCCCAGGACUGUAUGUUGUUUCAUGCAGGAGACGGGUACACAUUUCACGACAGCGAGUGUGGAUAAAGGGUUGGCGGAUAUAUUUGUGAAGCAUGAAAAUAAAUGAUAUAUGGACAAUAAAAUGAAUUGCA